UUUUUUUUUUUUUUUACUAUAAUGAAAUGAUAAUACAGCAUAUUACUUUCCUUUGCGUCUUCAUUUUCGAUUGUAAGUAAAUUAAUUUAGCUUUCAAAAUUUUCUUGCAAAAUUCGCCUUAAUUUACACUGCCAGCUUAAUUGUAAUGAAGACAAUCCAGAUUAUUGGUUGUCGGUAAUUUGAACAUAAAAUAACCUUUAUAAAACCUUCUCAAUUCCAUCAUAUCCAAAUAGUGUAUCCUCGCUGCAAUUCGCACAAAUUACAUAGACUAUGCUCAGUAUCCCAUUGUUGAUAUGGCUUGUGCCAACAGUGAUCUUGCUUACUGUAAUAUCUAUGAAUGGAUAGCCACCAACCUUCCUGUUCCUAAUGUAACCACCCAGUAUGGGGCGGAAAAAAAUCUCUCCGCCCCACACCUUGUACUCAUUCACUAUCAGCUUUUAACUUCUGAAUUUCCCUUUUGUCAAAGAUUGACAUUGCCUUGAUGAUCCUGUUGAAGAAUAGUAGUAGAUCUCUUUUGAAUGUCUUUGCAAAAUCUGUUUCUAAACAGAGGCGCUUUACAACUGUUCAACCGAGCUAUACGACGACCAAUUAUGCAUUCGCUUUUGACAUCGACGGAGUGUUGAUCAAGGGCAAAAAACCUAUUCCAGAGGCCACACGUGCUUUAAAGUUAUUAAAUGGGGAUAAUCCUGUUAAAAGACGUAUUCCUUAUGUUUUAUUGACGAACGGUGGUGGCGUUACUGAAGAAGAAAAGGCGAAGCAAAUCAGUGAUUUGUUGGGUGUUGAGAUCAACCCAGAUCAAGUCAUCUUGUCUCACUCACCCAUGAAAAGUUUAGCCAAACAGUACGAAUCGAAGAAGGUUUUAGUAGUGGGCGGUAAAGCACGAAAUUGCGCUGAAGUAGCAAAAAGAUAUGGGUUUAAAGAGGCUGUGACUCCUCAUGAUAUUAUGUGCUGGAAUAGCUCUGUAUCUCCUUACUCCCUACCUAAACCUGAGUAUUUUGGCGAAAAAACCUAUAAUUUUUCAAAAGAACCUAUUCACGCAGUAUUUGUCUUCAAUGAUAGUUUUGAUUUGGGAAGAGAUGUUCAAAUUAUGUUGGAUGUGCUUUGCUCAAAAGACGGUAUUGUGGGUACUAGAAAGGAUACUUACGAAGCUCAGGAAAUACCUCUGUAUUGGUCUUGUAAUGAUCUGAUUUGGAGUACUGACUUCCCAGCUCCACGUCUAGGACAAGGAGCUAUGAAAAUAACUUUAGAGGCACUUUAUAAAGAACUCACAAAGCGUCCUCUGAACUCCAUUUCGUUUGGAAAGCCCCAUGCUGUUACUUACAGGUUUGCUGAAAAAAUAUUACCUCGUAAUGUGAAACGUAUCUAUGCCAUUGGUGAUAAUCCUGCUGCAGAUAUUAAGGGUGCUAAUGCCAAUGGAUGGAUCAGCUGCCUUGUUCGUACCGGUGUCUUCACUGGUCCUAAGCACAAUGCAGAAGAUUACCCUGCCCAUAUCGUGUGUAAUCAUGUAGAAGAAGCCGUAUCCAAAAUCAUCGAAAAUGAAGAGAAUAAUAUAGAUUUCCCCGGUGUUAUGUUCGAAGAGAAGCAAUCAAAAACGCACCAACCGAUUACUGCUUAAAACAGUUAACUAUUUUUCUAAUGGAUCUCUUUUGCCUUCUUUGUACAUCCAUAGCCGUUCCAAUGCUGAAGGGUGUUCCAUCUUUAUAGAGGUUAGAGCCGGAAAUUGGCAAACUCAGAAAUAAAAGAUGAAAUGUACUGUGCCUAUUCUACUGUGAUCUGUGGAUAGUCAAACGAAGAAUGUCUUAACCGCUUUUUGAGUCUCAAACUUCAAGUGCAGAUACUGGCAUUGUAUCAUAGAUGUCUUUGGUAGAAACUAACAUUUUACAAUAAAUUAUUGUGGGGACACGUAUGCUAGCCACUAAUCUCAGGUUCAG